AUGGGGACUUCUCCUGCCACCGAGUCGAAGUCCCCCAAAUCGUCAGACACGACGUCCCGGCGAGUGUCUAGCUCCAAGGCAGAUCCCGCAACCGCCGCCAAGUCGGAUUCCAUCGGGGUGUCUAAUGCUGAAGUCACGAAGCCGCUCGCUCCGCCCCCUCGGCCCGUUCAACAACCUCACGGAAACAAUACGCCCGACUAUUUCGCUGGCCCAGUCGGCGGAUCUCUCAGUCUGGAGCCAAAUCCAUUCGAGCAGUCAUUCGGGGGUGGUGGUGGCCCCGAGACUCCAGGAGGCACAAAGCUCCCUUCUGUCGCCGCCUUAACAUCGCCUUCCUCGCUGCUUCCUGGCGGCAACUCGACUCCUUUCAACUGGGGAGGUGGCUCGCUGCGCACCGGGCCCCUAAGCCCUGCCAUGUUGUCAGGUCCGGCCAACGACUACUUCAGCGAUACGCACCAUCUCCGAGGCGGUUUCCCGACCCCAAACGAGUCUUCCCUACGAUCCGGUCUCACUCCUGGAGGCAGCGGAUCCAUGUUUCCAACCCCUAGUCCCAACGCUCAAGCACUUUUCGCGCAGCUCGCCAGCGGCGGCGCAACGCCCAGCACCAUCGACUUUCAUCGAACGGCAAUAAGCGCGGCGGCUGCCAAACGCGAGCAAAACCCUCCCGCGCCGCCGCCGCCACCACCACCGGCGCAGCAGCAUCAACAUCAGCAUCAACAUCAGCAGCAGCAGCAACAUCAGAAGCAUCAACAACAGCAAUCAGUGACGUCACAACCUGCGGAAAUGCCCAACGGCACCGCGCCCGUCAAGACCGAACCAAAGCAGGCCUCUGGGCCUUUCGACCCUCACGACAACGACGCCGCCAACGGCUUGUUCAUGCUCGCGCAGGGCGCUCAGAGCAGGAACGGCUCCCAGGCCCCCAGCCAGUUUGGUGCAGCCGGGGCCCCCAGUCACGCGCAUCCCGCUCCUCCGCAGACCCAAAACUCCAACACGUCGCCGCAAAUGUCGUCCGGUAACGCUGCGUCACGAGGUGUUAGCGUAGGGACCAACGGGUCGGAUGGAAACGAACAGGCAAAGCCGGCUACCAAGGUCAAAGGCAAAAAAUCCGCCAGUGCCUCCAACGGUGGUCGAAGAAAGGCAGACGACGCUACUCCAGCAAAGGCGCCUCCCAGCAAGAAGGUCAAGGGAAGCAUAGGAGCGAUGAAUGGGAGCAUCCAUGAAGAUUCAGAGGAUGACGAUGACGAGAUGGGUGAGGACGGCAACCCCAAGUCGAAGAUGACGGACGAAGAAAAACGAAAAAAUUUCCUCGAGAGAAACCGGGUUGCUGCUCUUAAAUGCCGGCAGCGCAAGAAGCAGUGGCUCGCUAAUUUGCAAAACAAGGUUGAGAUGUACAGUAGUGAGAAUGAUGCUCUCACCGCCCAAAUCACUCAAUUGAGGGAAGAGGUUGUCAAUCUGAAGACGCUUUUGCUGGCCCAUAAAGACUGUCCUGUCACUCAACAGCAAGGGCUCCACGGCGCCUUCAUGUCGCAAGUCGUCGAGCCGUUCAACGCACAGAUGAAUCCCUAUGGGAUGGCUGGUCCCAUGCCUAAUCAGCAGGUUAUGGCGGGACAAGGCGUCCAGCGCCGCUUCUCAUGA